AUGAAAACAUUACGGCAAACAGCACGUGAGACUGAUGAGAAGUAUCGAAAAGCACGUAAAAGUCAUAACACAAUAGAAAUGAGUAUAAAAAAUACGACGAGUGAUUUAUUGUCUGAAACAAAACGUUUAAAGGAAAAAUUAUUACAGGAUGCUAAGGAUAAGAAACAAUUACAACAAAAAAUUUCGAAAAUAACGCUUAUCGAAAAAAUACUACGUAAUGAAGGCGAGAACAACAAUAAUUUCAAUAAUGUAGGACAAACAUUCAGACGAGAGUUACAUAAUACGAUUAUGAUAGAAGAAGAAACUUUACGAAAUUUGAACAAGGAACAAGAAAAGAUAAAAGAGUACAUUGUACAAUACGAAAAUAAAACGCAACAAUGGAAUACUAUUAUAUCAAUCUUUUCUUGUAAAAUUCAUUGUGCAGAAGAAAGUAGACAGACAGAUGAUAUAGUUGUACGAAAAGGAGGUAUUGAAACUCUUGUGUUGCAAUAA